AUUUUUAUGGCCGUGGUGUGGGUACAAAACUUCAAAGUUGCAAAUUCCCUUUAUUUCCUCUUUGUACAGUAUUAUUUUUAAUUAUUUUUUACUCCCAAAAACACAGGAAGACGAAAUUUUUGUCUGCUCUGAUCUGAUGUCACCCACUCUUAGCCGCAGGAUUCUCCCAUUUGGGUUCCCUCUUAUCUGCCACGUAAGUUCAACGUGGGCCCCCGACACCCACAGUUCAGAGAGUAGUCUUACUGAUUGGUGGUCUCCCGAGGUCUUUAUAAAAUUUUGGAGACUCAUUUCUUGUUUUUGGGGCAAAUUCCGUCCACUCUUUUCUUUCUUUCUUUCUUCUUCUUCAAUCUCUGGUCUGAUCGAAACCCAGAGGAGACUCAGGAGAGUGGGAUAUUUUGAAGCAUUUAUCAACAAUUCACAAAUAUAUUUUUGAGGUAUUUUUCUUUCUCUGAAAACGAAAAAAUCAAUCGAUGAUUACAUAACAUGAUGUUUUUCUCCUGCUCUGUCUUUGUUUGUUUUAACUGAACUCGUGAAAGAUAUACUACUAAUUUUUACGAUUGGUAAAAUAAUGUCGGAUUGAAUUUUCGUUGCCUUUUGUAUUUCUUUAAAUUGUAUGUUGAUUAAUUAGCUAUCGCUAUGUUAUAAAUUUUGAGAGUUACAUGAAAGAGGGAAACAAAAACAAAUCUUCUAACAAGUCUUGUAAAUAUAACUCUUGAUCAUUUCUUCUUUCUUUGUAAAAAUUCCUUUACAAUACUUGUUUGUCAAUAAUUUCAUAGGAGAAACUAUUUUACAAAAACAGAUAAGGUCAAUAAUCACCUUUUCCUCGGUUCCUUGGUCUUUCGUUUGUUUUUUUUUUUGUCGGGGACCCCACCAGGUAAACACAUGCUCACUGCAAUAUUCUGUAAAUCAUAGUGGGAGGUAAACCAUCCUAGUUAAGUCCGGGGUAACAAGCUCGAGUGCGAAAUCGAGGUUCAUUAGUGGGUUAGCCAUAGCAAGUCACUAGAGGUGCUAAUAGGCAAGGUGAAAGCUAACCACUAACUUUUGUUAAAGUGGGGAAUUGAACUCAUGAUCUUUGAUUUUACCACCAAACCAACUCCUCAUUCGUUUUUUGCGUUUGUUUUAUUAGGAUUUAAUGUUAUUUCCUUCUUCGGUUUUGUUUUUUUUUUUUAAAGGUGGCGAACCACUCAUUUGAAAGUGGAACUUUGAAAUUGCAAUUUUGCGGUUUUUUUUUUUUUUAACAAAUGGCCUAAUCACCUUUAAUUUGUUUAUUAUUCAUUACUUGUCCCUCGAUUUUAAUUAAAAAAAAAAUGAAAAAAUUAUGCUUGUGAUUGAAAUUGUUUUACCAAUAGAGAAAGAAAAUCGAAAUAGUGCAGCUAUUUUUGACGUUCUUUUGUAAAAUCUUAAUCUCGACAAAUGUAUCUGGUUUCUCUAAAAAUGAUACGCGCUAAUCAAGGGAAAAAAUUGAAAAGGAAAUGUUAGCACUGAAAUAUAGAACAGUUAAUGAAGUUUUAAUUCAUGAUUGGAAAAAAUUAAAGUCAAAUACAGAAAAAGGGGAAACACUGUACAAGUAUUUAUUGGAAUAAGAAAAUCUCGAAUAAGUCCCAAAAUGAAUUUUCACCAUUUUAAAAGUGUUUCUAAAAAGGUUUGCAUGUAAUCUGCAGUUUUAAUGAUUUUGUGAAACAUGUACUACAUUUCAAAGUUUUUUUUUUUUUAUUUCCUCAACCAAAUCAGCAUAGGAUUAUUAAGUAAGGAGUUGCGGGCGGAAAAAGAUGGAUUACGUGAACGGACCAGGACGGAACCACCUGUUUGUGCCGGGGCCGGUGAAUAUACCGGACCAAGUCAUCCGGGCUAUGAACCGAAACAAUGAAGACUAUCGGUCUCCAGCAAUUCCGGCCAUGACUAAAACUUUACUUGAGGAUGUCAAGAAGAUCUUUAAGACUACUAGUGGAACCCCUUUUCUCUUCCCAACCACAGGAACUGGCGCUUGGGAAAGUGCACUGACGAACACGCUGUCACCUGGAGAUCGGAUUGUGUCAUUCUUAAUUGGGCAAUUCAGUUUGUUGUGGAUUGAUCAGCAGCAACGCCUUAACUUCAAUGUGGAUGUGGUUGAAAGUGAUUGGGGUCAAGGUGCAAAUCUGGAAGUUUUGGCCUCCAAACUCGCAGCAGACACUAAUCAUACCAUCAAGGCCAUCUGCAUUGUACACAAUGAGACCGCAACUGGAGUCACCAACAACUUGGCUACUGUCCGAAAAAUUCUUGAUCACUACAACCAUCCAGCACUCUUUCUUGUCGAUGGUGUGUCAUCCAUUUGCGCACUCGAUUUUCGCAUGGAUGAAUGGGGAGUAGAUGUGGCAUUGACUGGCUCCCAGAAAGCACUCUCUCUUCCCACAGGAAUGGGAAUUGUAUGUGCAAGUCCUAAGGCUCUUGAGGCUUCCAAAACUGCAAAGUCGGUGAGAGUUUUCUUCGAUUGGAAGGACUACUUGAAGUUCUAUAAGUUAGGAACUUAUUGGCCAUACACCCCUUCCAUCCAACUCCUCUAUGGUCUAAGAGCAGCUCUGGAUCUCAUUUUUGAGGAAGGACUUGAAAAUGUAAUUGCUAGGCAUUCCCGCUUGGCCCAAGCAACAAGACUUGCUGUGGAAGCUUGGGGCUUAAAGAACUGCACCCAAAAGGAGGAAUGGUUCAGUGACACAGUCACUGCUGUGGUUGUCCCUCCUUAUAUCGAAAGUUCUGAAAUCGUUAGAAGGGCGUGGAAGCGAUAUAACUUAAGCUUAGGACUUGGCCUAAACAAAGUUGCUGGGAAGGUUUUCAGGAUAGGUCAUCUUGGCAACUUAAAUGAGGUAACCAUAUUUUUCUCUUCAUUGAACUAGAUGUGCUGCUGUUAUUAAUGUCCCCCCUACUCAACAUAAUGUCAUAUCCGUUCAAUGGAAAUCAAUAGUAAGAGAUUCGAUUACUGAACUGGUGAAAUGAUUUGAACUAUGAAGGAUUGCAUUGAUGAACCAGGUUUUUAUUUCAUUAGUAGUCAUUUACCCUUUCACAAUGAAUCUUUCAUUAGUAGUCAUAUAGCUCUGAAUGUUUUAUCGUCCUCUUUGAAUUCAGUGCCAACUUCUAGGCUGUCUGGCUGGAGUGGAAAUGGUGCUCAAGGAUGUUGGUUACCCAGUCAAACUUGGCAGUGGGGUGGCAGCUGCUUGUGCAUAUCUACAGAACACCACCCCAUUGAUUCCUUCUAGGAUUUAAUGCAAGCAGUUUCUGUGAUACUCUUGUAAUUAGUUUCUUCUAUUACAGUUGUGUUCAUGAUACUCUAUGAACGAACAUACUUUGCCUUUUGUAAAACUCAAUUUGAAGCUCCAAAUCUUCUUUUUUAAGUGCUUCUUGUUGCUCUGUCGACAUCUCUCGUCUCUAUUAAUUUUAAUAGACUGAUUAGAUAUUGUGAUUACAUGUACAAACAACAAACAUAAUUGAAUUACGGUUAGGUUGUUAUCUUUCCUAAUAAUAGAUUAGGUUUCAAUUCUCACAGUGGUUGUAAGGGGAGUUUUAUCCACAUUUAAGUAAGGUCCAUUAGAGUGAAUUGUUGAUACUGUUCAAUCUAUAAAAUAGAACGAUGUUUCAGAAUUUUGGGUAGCAACAAUUUACGACACUAACCCAAAUACAAAAUAAAAACUAAAUAAAUUUAGUCUGUGUCAGCCGUCAUGUUUUUCCAGCGCAUAACCUUAUGUUCUCUCUC